UAGUUCCAGUUAGCUUGGUGUUAGGGGAAGGUCACAGUUUCGAAUCGACCUUUUCCUGUCAUACCAGGAGAACAGACAACAACUAUCUUAUACUGUGCAAUAGCCACAACGGCCAGCCAGUUGCAAUAGUUCCCAACAGUCAGUUAUGAUGGCUGUACAAGCAGCUGUAUGGCUGUUGGUGGGCUUCAGUGCAACAUGUGUGGUUCAGCCGCAGGUCCUGGAGACACCAUCACUGCUGAUCGAUCCAAUUGGACUCGUCAACUUUGAAGCAGUCGGAACUUGUCCUGGCGCUGGUAUAGCUUCUGAGACUUACAACCUACCUGGUGAGCCCCUGAACAGCAGAACGUGCGAUGCCAACAGCAAUCCACCAAGCAAUGCCAAUACUAACACAAGCGUUGAUACCUUUUGGAAAUCCGCCAACAACCUGGAACUCACUUCACUGACGGCUGAAUUCACACAGCCCUACGUGGUGAAUUUCAUUCAAUUCAGGCUUGCAGCUCCUCGAUCCCGCACAUUGCGGGUCAGCGGCAGCAGAGGUGAUGGCUUCAGGGAUUUCAUCUACAUAGUUACGGAGAUUCCAGAGUGCAUGUCCGUCUACAAUGUUGCGUAUCAGCCGGUCCUCGAGCUUGACAACAGCAACAUAGGUGAUCCUUUCUGCGUGACCUAUGAUGAUAUCAACGCUCUCUCAUUGGAGAUUUUUGAUGCCCGUUUGUUCAAUGAGCGUACCGUCAUCGAAGCUGACGGCAAUCGUCUAAAUCCUCGCCGAAACCCUACAGUGGUGGAUUUUUUCACAGCGAACUUCCUCAGCUUAGAGUUCAGAGGCUUCUCCGAUGUAAACUUUCCAUUUACAGCUCUGCAGCGCAUGUCAGUUGGCGCCCAUUGUGUGUGCAAUGGGCAUACCACAAACUGCUCCAUGGCAGAGGCAGGAUUUUAUGUGUGUAACUGCGAAGAGAAUCGGAAUGUAAUGGGUACAAACUGCGAGAUGUGCCAGCCGCUCUUCAAUCAGCAGCCAUUCACGGAGGCCAGGGCUUGCGAACAAUGCCAGUGCUAUGGUCAUGCCACUUCCUGUGUCUUUGAUCCUACCGCUGUCGGCAGCAGUGUCAAUGCCAGUGGUGUUCUAACGGGAGGAGGCCGCUGUGUGGCGUGCGAUGGCUCCACCACUGGUGUAAACUGUCAGGACUGCAUCCCGCAGUUCUAUCAUCCUGGCACACCUUCCAGCAUUGAUCUCACGGUGAAUUGUCUAGACUGCGGCUGCACAACUGCCGGUCAGAUGUUUGCAUCGGGCAACUGCUCUGAAGGGACUGGAAUAUGCAUCAACUGCAAGGUGAACGUGAUGGGUGAUCAGUGCCAGCUCUGCAGGCCUGACUUUUUCAACCUGUUGGACGUAAAUGACGAUGGUUGUGAACCUUGUAAUUGUGAUCCAGCUGGCACCGAAGAAAACACCGUUUGUAACAUGGUCGGUGGACAGUGUGACUGUAAGGCUUCUGUGACUGGGCGCACGUGUAACAUGUGCAGCGACAUGUUCUUCAACCUGACCGCCGACAAUGCCCUUGGCUGUACACCGUGUGAGUGCAAUCUGGCUGGAAGCAUGAACAACAGCUGCGACGUAACCACCGGUGCAUGCAUCUGCCUUGCCAACAUCACUGGCCGACAGUGUGACCAGUGCAUUCCGACUUCAUUCGACUUCCCAACGUGCAGCGAUUGCGAGUGUGUUCUUGCCGGCCAGAUCGAUAGAACUAACCUCUGUGAUGCAUCCACGGGUGUUUGCAUCAACUGCAAAGUAAACGUUGACCCCAGCAACAAGUGUGAAGUCUGCCGCGAUGGGUUCUACGACCUGCUGGACUCAGAUGAGGAUGGUUGCAAGCCAUGCGAAUGCAACGUAAAUGGAACCGUGAAUGCCAAUAACGUGUGUGACAAGACCACCGGUCAGUGCGUGUGCAAGGCAAACGUCAUCGGCCGUCAGUGUGACAUGUGUGCCGAUAACUUCACCAUGUUCAACAGUGAUCCAACGGACGGAUGUACUCCUUGCGAGUGCUUCCCGGCGGGUAGCACGAGCCCAGUGUGUAACAAGGACAACGGCAUGUGUGACUGUGCCUCAGCGUUCAUGGGUACACGAUGCGAUGAAUGUGUGCCCCAAGCUUUCGGGUUCCCAGCCUGUGAACCAUGCGGUUGCUCCGUGGCAGGCACAGUCAACUCCAACACAAGUUGUAAUCCGAUGAGUGGCCAGUGUGACUGUCUUAGUACCCAUACUGAGAGGAGGUGCGACAUGUGUGCGCUUGAUCACUUUGGAAUGCCGCUGAGCACGGACUCGGAUCUCGUGUGUAGACCUUGCAACUGCAACCAGUUUGGAUCAACCAAUUCCUCGUGUGACCCAAUUUCCGGUCAGUGCAAUUGCGUGCCGACAACAACAGGCGUUCGCUGUGACAUGUGCCAGCCUCGUCAUUUCAACAUCACCUCAUCCGAUGACGGCACAGACACGUUUGGUGGAGGAUGUCUGCGUUGCGACCAGUGUACGGAUGAUCUGCUGAACCGCGCCUGCCGUCAGGAGAGCAUUGUCCUGAAUGCCACCAUCCGCGUCAACUCGUCGGAAGUGCGUGGACUAAUCGAGUCGAGCAACGCCCUGGGACCUUUGGAGGACCGCUAUCGUCCACUGCGUAUGUCCACCAAUACUUGGAGAGCGGCUCAGAUGGAUCAGCUAGAGCGCUUGGAGGUCUUGCGGCAAAUCGAGUUGAAUAUCAAUACCAACAUAUCUGUUCUGCUAACUCGGGCUACAAUCAAUGAAGUUGAGGCUCGGCGUGUCCAGAAUCUGGCCUUCAUUCAACUCCAGCGCAUCAAUGCUUUGAUUCAAACGUUCUCACAAAUCUUCACAACUGUCAACGACAAUACUAUAUUGCUGGCGCAGGCUCUGCAGGACCUUCGCAAUCUCCGCAGCGCCUCCCAGAGCAUUGUCGAUGAGUCUGCUGCUGUUCAAUCGCUAACCUUUGACAUGGAGGAACGGGUUGUGAGGUAUGCGUAUCAAAAUGCAACGCAGCUCAGAAACACCUCAGCCACUCAGCAGGGUCGCGCCAUGCGUAACGCCGCCACCGCCGAUGAGCUAGCCAGUCGCCUGCAAGACGCUAUUGCUGCCCUAGACACAGCCCUAGUGCAGCGCAUUGUGCAGUAUGCUGCUGACAUUGACGCUGGCCUUACCGCUGUGAAUGGAGUGCUGAGUGAGGGUGAGAGACUGGUGCAGGAAGCAGUUCUAGGUCGCAGUCGCUACAUGGGAUCUAUUGCACUGACCAGUGGUGCUAACACUGCAGCCUACAACGCCCUGGAUGCUGCUCAAGCUAGCCUUGAUAUGGUGAUCAGCGCGUUGCAGACGAUAACAACUUACCUGCCACAGCUGACCAACCUUCGUGGUGACAUCAUGCGUGAUCUAACCGAAAACUCACCAGCAACUACCUACUACCUGGUGACCAUUGCUGAAGGACUACUGGCACCCAGGCAAACAUACGCUUAUCAAAUUGAGAACCUUUUCAACAGCACUCAACCCCACGCUGCUGAGGCAGCCGAGCUCAUUAUUGACUAUCGUAUGGCUGAUGAAGACCUGCAAAAUUCCACAGCGUUGCUGCUCCAGGGGGAGAAUGCCUUCAACGCGGCAUCCACUGCGGCUGCAAACGCAGCUGCAACUCAACAGCAGGCUCAUGUGCAGCUGAUGCAGAGUAAUACUCUUCUCGGAGAGGCCAACGCCAUCUCUCAAUUCAUUGGCCAGCAAUUCGCUCAGGGAGGCGCCAUUCUUCUGGAGAUCGGUGAAGAAGUGCAGAAUGCCUCGCUCAGAUUUCAGGCUGAUAGCUUCGAAUGCUUGGAUCUCUUUCAGCCGAUUACCACAAAUGGUGAAAUAAUCCAAAACCAAAUCAACAGCAUAUUUCCUCUGGUAGAUUGUGCCACCAAUGCUACCGCUGAGUACCAGCCACGCAUAGAGCAGACGUAUGGAGACCUGAGCACAGCAGAGGUGACAGCCAACAGUGCUGUGACUGGUGCUGCCGAGAUCAAUAACGACCUGGCAGUGCUGGAAGCCAGACGUAUCGGUAUGGGCAAUGAAGUUGCAAAUGUCACUGAUGGUGUUGCUCGUCUACAAGUGGCAGCUCAACAAGCUAACCAAUCACUGGAUGAUCUUCUAUCCCGCCUCGAACGCAUCAGAGGUCGCUUGACCGUGGCUCAGACUGCUUAUAGGACUGCCAACUUCUGCUGCGAGUCACUGCGUCUUGAUGUCUGCCCCAACAAUGACAACUUGGUGCGCUUGGCUACAAGUAGCAGUUAUAUUCGAUUUGACCCCGGGCACAAUGGUGCGCAGCCAUUUGAUUUCAAUGGAGACUUUGUUGAUCUCGAGUUCCGCACACGAGAGUUUGAUGGCGUUCUGGUGUACUUCGCCAACCAAGACCAGAGCCAGUUCUUUGGAGUGGAGUUGCGCAAUGGAAACACUAUUUCUGUGCGCGCCACCAGAGCUGACGGGGGCACCGCUUCAUUCGAAGCCCCAGGAACUUACAACGACAACAUGUUCCACUCGUUGAGACUUGCUAUCCUCGGCCCGCUCUACUUCCUUAGUAUUGACAAUGGCCCGUUCCUGUUUGCCACCUUCACCACGCCUGGAGCAUUCACCAUCAUCAACGCUCCGCUGUACAUCGGUGGCACACCCACUGUGGCACAGGGCCUGCUGCGCCCCGGAGAGAUGACUCGCCCGUCACUCAUCGGCUGCUUCCGCAAUGUCGUAUACAACCAGGUGCAACUCAAUGUUCUGGAACCCAGCUUCAUAUCUGGUCAUAUCCCGUGCAAUUGUACUCUUGAUGCUCCAGGGCCAACAACGCCACCGCCAACCACAACUCCUCCCACAGUGGUGCCAACACUGGCACCAUGCAUGAACGUUACACCAGCUGUUGGUCAAGGUGUUCGCCUCAACGGCGGCCUAGCCAGCGAUUCAUUCUUGCAGUUUGGACGCCGAGCGGAUGCCAUUGCUCCACUCAACUUCCAGGAAGGUGCCCUGCUGACUAUCUCGUUCCGAACCUACGCCCAGGAUGGGGUACUAGUGUACAUGUCCAAUGCCGAUCACACUCAUGUCAUCGCUGUGGAAGUGCGCAAUGGUUACGUCAGCACUGUCGUUCGGGGUGGCGGCACCCAGCUGCGUGUCUCAUUGACACUGGUGCCGGUAUCCGAUGGAAACGUACAUCAGAUCGACUUGUUUGCAGUCCCAACUGGAGGCAACUCCGGCAUCAUCUUCUUGGUGGUGGACGACACCAACAACCCGGCAAACAGCUUCCAGGAGUUCGAAGUCAUUGGAGAUUCAUUUGACUUCAGCGACAGCAACCUCUACGUCGGCGGUGCUCCUAGUCCAGCAGCACUGCUCAUGACCGGGGAAACGACACGACCCGCACUGGAUGGCUGCAUGCUGCAGUUCGUUCAGCAGAGCGCAGUCCUGGACUUAGGCUCAUACACGGCUCAGCAAAACACUGGUCCCUGCUUCUUGCGACCGAUCUUGGGUCUUCGAUUCCCUGGUUCCGGAUACGCAUCAUUUGAGGGCCUGGUAGCAAACACCCCAUCGCAGGUGCAGCUGACACUGCGCACCUCCACGCGCGCCGGCUUCAUCUUCCACGUUGGCAGUGCUACAACGGGCACCAGUACAGCCUACAUCACACCCAUGGGAAUGGUGAAUCUGCGAGUGACAACAGCUAAUGGCGAGACAAUGACAGUGACUGGAUCACCGCCAUUGUCGCGCUCAACAAUCUGCAAUGGAGAGUUCAUACAAGUGACGGCAUCGGUUGGUGAUACGUUUAUUUCGUUGAAUGUUGGCGGCGUGGAGACUACAGUGCCGUUUGGUGUUGCUGUAAAUGGUGGCGUCACUUCAACAGGACAGUUGAUUGUUGGCCGUCCUCCAGAGAGCGUGCUAAUGCGGGACAACUUGCCCAGUCUGCCUGGCCUGGAGGGAUGCGUCUCUCAGAUCCUCUACGACAGUCUCAUCUUACCGGUGGCGUUCUCAAGGCGUGUCGGCGGUGUUAGCCUGGGUUGUGGCCUGCCAUAACUCCCAGCUACACUCAAGCUGCCGCCCAGAUAGGACAAAAAUCCCGUACCCUGACCAUUCAAUCCACUUCAUUUUCACCUAGCCUAGUAAUAGUAGCCGUCAGACAGCUCCCAUUCAGUGUCACAUAGCUUUUAGGCAUCAGGCUGUGAUCAUCAUGCACAAUCAUGAUUCAUGACUAGCGUUUCCAGCAUCCAUUACUCUCUAUCUGUCUUUCUCAAUCCGUUGUGUGUGCGCCUCUCAUUGUGUUGUGCUGCCUAUGACUAAUGCAGGAUCAUCUCCGACUUCAAGUAAUACUUCUUGCAUGUGUCAAUACCUGUCACAAGGUUUUCUCUUCUUUUCUCUUCUUUCGGCCUGCUUGUUCUCCGUUUAUGCAUGACGUCUUCCUCCUCCUCCUCUCCCCUUACCUUGCAUAGUACUGGUGGAUGUGCUGUCUGUAGUUUCAAAACAAAAAUGCCAAAGGCAA